AUGCCGGAUGGAUUAGCGCAAGACUACGAAGUGGCAGACAUCGACUGCUACUACGGCACCGACUCGCACGAGGGCGAGCGUCUGUCAGCGCGACUGCGAAAGCCGGAGGGCUUCCGCGGCUACCCGACGUUCGCGGACGACCGCCGCGUCGACCCCCAGGUGGACGGCCAGUGCCAGAUCCGCCCCGACCCCUCCGACCCGACGGGGCUCAUCUACAACCUGCUCAUCACGGACUUGAAACGCUGCGGCGUCCUCAAGCGGAACGGAUUCAUCAACGUGAGGAUCUGGUUCCCCCAACUGCCGGGGAUCGUGAUGAUGAGCGACCAAGAGGUGAUCAUCAUGUGCAAGCCGCCGCAGGCCACCGUCGUGGAGAAUCGGGCCGCUGGAUUUGCGGGCAGCAUCCCGAACACAGGCCGGAUCUCGGGGAUCGUGGAAGAAAGCCCCGGGAAGCUGGAAUACGUGGUGAGCCUCUACCGCGAGUCGGCCAGUCGGUCUGGGGACUUCGGGGUCCCCGUCGAGGAGGCCAUCCCCAUCGGGACCAGGCUCCAGCUCAGGGCCACCAUCAACACCAAUUCCGCCUGGAAGUAUGCGAAGCUGGUGGACGUGACGGUGUCGAACAGUGCAGACGAUCCCUUGGCCGUCGGUCACAUCACGCUAGUACAAAAUGGCUGUCGGGUGCAAGAGAUGGCGAGCAUCGUGCCGAAGCAGCCCUACCGGGCCCCGCAUAACCCGGGCGAGGUCAUGGUGGACUUCGAGGCCUUCCUCCUCAAUUCCGCCGAUUAUCAGAGCCGGCUUUGGAUCCACAGCAAGAUCAAGGCCUGCAUGAACGCUGUCGACUGCCUCGCCGCGUAUCGGCUGAAGGAGAACCUGGGCGAAGUCCGCUUGGAGUUCGAGGCCUUCCUCUUGGAAGAAGCCAAGGAACGAAAGCUUUGGGUUCACACCAAGCUCAAGGCUUGUGUCGAUGCCGUGGAUUGCCUUCCCGAAUUUUGCUUGGACCUGUUCCAACCGUCGGGGCACGGCCGACGAAGACGGAAACGCAGCGCCCCCCUUCCCCCCCCGGAGUUACGGAACCACAAGCUCGGGAACCGGUCCCGCACCCACGAGCCCAUCACGUUGGAGCAGCUGCUGGCCCGCCCGGAGGUGUUGGGACUUCGGAACGCUUCCACCGCCUCCACCUCUGCACCCACAGGGCAGAGGAGGCUUCGGGGUCCGUCGACCGAUUUCGGCGAAGGGAUCGGCGUCACCGUCCUCCUCCCUGCAGAGGAGUACGCGAAAAGCCAUUGGGCCCCCCUGGGUACGUGCAGCACGUAUCUGAUCGUGUCGGGGAUCCUCGGGGUCCUACUGCUGACCUCGGCCGUGAUCAUGUGCUGCCUUGCUCAGAGACUCAGUCGGCUCCGGCUGAAGCAGGAAAGGGCAUCCCUGGAGAAGGUCAUCCACGUUCAUCGGAGACAGUACGCCAGCAGUCGGAGUCGAUCGGAGCGAUCAUGAAAGAACUUGUAAUGUUUUUGUCGCCUCUUCCGAGUCUCUUGGAUCGGGUUACGUUCAACGGCAGCUUUGGGGGCAUUAUGUGGGGGUAGAAGUUGGUCUGUGUUGCUCGAGAGAUGCACGAGGAACGAUUCUUAGGCAUUCCCUUACGUGGGGCCCGGUGUAAUGAAGCUCAAGGGCCUUGUUCCCCCACAAGACCCUUGGAUUUCCAAGCAACAUGACGGACGCGAGGUGUGAAAUAUAAUCAUAGUGAGGUUGUUUUGUUUUGUUUUGUUGUUUUUUUUUUUCUCUUGGAUUUUCUUCUGUCUCGUCUAUGUGUUGUCCAUGCAAUGGGCAUGUAAAUUGUUGUGGAGUUCGUGUUAUGGAGCCAUCCAGAGUAAAGAGACG